AUGCCUGUUACCAUAAAGAGCCGCUCUAAAGCGUUAAGGGACACUGAAAUUGACUUGUCCAAAAAACCUACUUUAGAUGAUGUCUUGAAACAAAUCUCUACAAACAAUAGAAAUAUCAGCAAGUAUAGGAUAAGAUUAACCUACAAGAAGGAAACUAAACAAGUUCCAGUUAUUUCUGAAUCGUUUUUCCGAGAAGAGGCUGAUGACUCAAUGGAAUUCUUUAUCAAAGAUUUGGGCCCCCAAAUCUCAUGGAGAUUAGUCUUCUUUUGUGAGUACUUGGGUCCAGUUUUGGUUCACUCCCUUUUUUAUUAUCUAUCUACAAUUCCCACAGUCGUUGAUAAAUGGCAUAGUUCUAGUUCCGAAUAUAAUCCAUUUUUAAACAAGGUUGCAUAUUUUUUAAUUCUAGGACAUUAUGGUAAGAGACUAUUUGAAACUUUAUUUGUUCACCAAUUCUCUUUAGCUACUAUGCCAAUUUUCAACCUGUUCAAAAAUUGUUUCCAUUACUGGGUUUUAAGUGGUCUCAUUUCAUUUGGUUACUUUGGCUACGGCUUCCCGUUUGGGAAUGCUAAGUUGUUCAAAUACUAUUCAUAUCUGAAAUUGGAUGACUUAAGUACAUUAAUUGGUCUUUUCGUGCUUUCAGAAUUAUGGAACUUUUAUUGUCACAUUAAAUUGCGCCUAUGGGGUGACUAUCAAAAGAAGCAUGGUAACGCUAAGGUCCGUGUCCCAUUGAAUCAAGGGAUUUUCAAUCUUUUUGUUGCUCCCAACUAUACUUUUGAAGUUUGGUCUUGGAUUUGGUUUACUUUCGUGUUUAAGUUCAACUUAUUCGCCGUUUUAUUUUUGACUGUUUCCACAGUUCAAAUGUAUGCAUGGGCCCAAAAGAAGAACAAAAAGUAUCAUACUAGAAGAGCAUUCUUGAUUCCAUUUGUAUUUUGA